CUCUCUCCUCGUUUAUUGACCUCAGUCAUGAUUACGCAGUGGGGACUGUGCACAUUGUAGAAGAAGAAAUGUCCUCUUAUGUGAAACUGGUGUCGCUGUGCGCUGCAACUCCAGCAGUGACGUCGCUGCUGAGCAGACCUGUUCAGGCUGCUGCUGCUGCUGCUGCUGCGGAGGGGAAGACGAAAAGCACAGAGCCGCUGAUCAGCAUCCAUGAGUUGCCAUCUUUGUACACCAGAGCUGAUGCAGAGCCCCGCUCCCUGGAGCCUGAGGCUGGGCAGCUGGAGCAGAGCAUCGCUGCACUGAGGGAAUGGGCGGAGCCGUACACGAGCCAGUGUCAGCAAACUGGUGUGGCUGCAAAGGAGAAAGCUGAGCAAGUUUACAAGACCAUGGAGCCAACGAUCAACACGUCAGUCACAGCUGUCACAGAUGUUUACAGCUUCCUCAGCACUCCCUCUCGUGACCUCUACCCCAGUGUGGCUGUUGUGGGUUUCUCUGGCUUCCUGGGACUUUACAUGGCCAAAGGUUCCAGAGUAAAGCGACUGAUAUUUCCAGUAGGUCUCAUGGCAUUGAGCGCCUCCUUUUUUUACCCUCAGCAGGCUGCAUCUCUAUUAAAGGCAACUCGUGAUUCAGCGUACAAAUACUCUCAGCAAGGCCGUGUGAAGCUGGAGUCACUGUGGAGAGAUCCACCCCUCAUCCAAAAGAAGUCUGGGAAAAAGGAAACAGAGAACAGCAGCAACUCCAGCAGCUGAGACAGUGUGCAGUUGACGUAGACAUUGUCUGUAAUCUGACACAGGAAUCAUGUUACAAGGACAAAUAUUUUGAUGACAAAGAACCACUUUCCAGUUUUGUGCUGGGUCGCGGACAUUUUUGUUUUU